AACACUAAGGAUGGCGGCGCCGGGCUGCGACCGGUUGCUGGCUUAGGGCGGGAGAGAUCGUUUGACGUGUGAAGGGGAAGCUCUGAGGAAAACCAGUCGACACCAGCCCGACAGCUUUUUCAGUUCUGGGAUUCGGGAGCCUCCUUAGCGUGAGGUAUCUCUCUGCGACCUGUGCUGUCACUACCGCCCCGGAGCGCGGAACCCUCAGCCGGGAGGUGUGGUUGGCCGGCCCCAGGCCCCGGCCUCCGGAAUGAGAGCCCGGAGCCACUCUCUGUGCCGUAGCAUCACAGGUUCCAGUAGGCAAUGGAAACUGAUCUCAGUUCCCAGGACAGAAAGGACCUCGACAAGUUUAUUAAGUUUUUUGCCCUCAAGACUGUUCAAGUGAUUGUCCAGGCUCGACUUGGAGAAAAGAUUUGCACCCGAUCAUCAUCUUCCCCAACAGGUUCAGAUUGGUUCAAUUUAGCAAUCAAAGACAUCCCAGAAGUCACCCAUGAAGCAAAGAAGGCCCUGUCGGGGCAGCUGCCUGCUGUGGGGCGGUCUAUGUGUGUGGAGAUCUCACUCAAGACUUCGGAGGGAGAUUCCAUGGAGUUGGAAAUUUGGUGUCUUGAAAUGAACGAAAAGUGUGACAAAGAAAUCAAAGUUUCCUACACUGUAUACAACCGAUUGUCACUGCUGCUGAAGUCUCUUCUUGCUAUUACGAGGGUGACACCAGCCUAUAGACUCUCCAGGAAGCAAGGGCAUGAAUACGUAAUUUUGUACAGGAUUUAUUUUGGGGAAGUUCAACUGAAUGGCUUAGGAGAAGGCUUCCAGACAGUUCGAGUUGGAACAGUGGGAACCCCUGUGGGCACCCUCACUCUUUCCUGUGCCUAUAGAAUUAACUUGGCAUUCAUGUCCACCAGGCAAUUUGAGAGAACCCCACCUAUCAUGGGGAUUAUCAUUGAUCACUUUGUUGACCGUCCCUAUCCCAGCUCCUCUCCUAUGCACCCUUGCAAUUACAGAACUGCUGAGGAUGCUGGAGUCGCAUACCCAUCAGUGGAGGACUCUCAGGAAGUGUGUACCACGUCUUUUUCCACAUCCCCUCCCUCCCAGUGUGUGUUUACUGUCACAAAGGCACAUUUUCAGACCCCUACUCCUGUGGUGACGAACACUCUGAGGGUUCCCAUGGCAGGACUGGCCUUUUCCCAUCAACUCUCAAGCUCUCGCCUUUCCUAUCAGCCUGCUGUCCUGGGCCUUGGAUCAGCUGACCUGGCUUAUCCAGUAGUGUUUACUGCUGGCUUAAACACUACACACGCUCACCAGCUGAUGGUUCCUGGGAAGGAAGGUGGGGUACCUCUUGUUCCCAACCACCCUGCUCAUGGUGCCCAGGCUGAUCAGGAGAGACUUGUGAUGCACAUGCCUUCUGAUGGGACCCACUGUGCGGCCACACCCUCAAGCAGUGAGGACACUGAGACUGUAUCUAACAGCAGUGAAGGACGGGCCUCACCCCAUGAUAUCUUGGAGACAAUCUUUGUCCGAAAAGUGGGAGCAUUUGUCAACAAACCCAUCAAUCAGGUGACUCUGACGAGUUUGGACAUACCCUUUGCCAUGUUUGCUCCUAAGAAUUUGGAGCUGGAGGAUGCUGAUCCUAUGGUGAAUCCCCCGGACUCCCCAGAGAACUCAUCUCCCCUCCAUGGCAGCCUGCACUCAGAUGGCUCCAGCGGGGGCAGCAGUGGCAACACACAUGACGACUUUGUUAUGAUUGACUUUAAACCGGCUUUUUCUAAAGACGACAUUCUUCCAAUGGACUUGGGGACCUUUUACCGUGAAUUUCAGAAUCCCCCUCAGCUGAGCAGCCUCUCCAUAGAUUUUGGAGCUCAGUCUAUGGCGGAAGACUUGGACUCCUUACCAGAGAAGCUGGCCGUGCAUGAGAAGAAUGUUCGAGAAUUUGAUGCCUUUGUCGAAACCCUGCAGUAAAAGUGUCCCGAGUGUCUGCAACACCCCCUUUCUGUGGACCCAGCAGAGAACCUCCUCUUCCUCAGCUGUUUCCCAGCCUUCAUGCUGUUUCUGGCCAGGUGAAAGACAGGGUGGUUCCUCUAUGGGACCUAGAAGUCCCUGCUCUUGGACUUCCUGGAGACUCAUGGCAGCAGUCAGGCCCAGUGGCAGACUUGGGGAGGACUCUGGCUGUAGAGCUGGAAGCUGACUGUAACAGAGCCUCAGCAAGGACUGUCCUCAGCUGUUUCACAAAGGGUAUCAUCUGUUCUUCCUGCUACCAGCCUCCUGCCUGGGUCUACCCUGAGGUCGGGCCCUACCUGCUUGUCCACCUGACAUUCCAGCUGGUGGCUAGGACACUGGGAAAGGCAGAAAGAGGAAGAAAAGCAAGGAGACCAAGCCAGGCAGAGGGCCCUGUGUCACCAGUAAUUCCUGGACCACCCCUCUCUCCCUCCCUUUCUCCCCUUCCCUUCCCUCUGUCUUUACUCACUCCCUUUCUCCCGCCUUCCUUCUCCUCUCCAUCUCCCACCUUCCAUUCCUUGCCUUCCUGGGCCUGUGCUUUUGACAAUAUGACAGGCUAAUCUGCCUAAAAUGACAAGUAUUCCAAAGUAUUCCACCAUCUCCCAAAGGCUGUACCAGCCUGUUUCUAGAAUUCAUUACUGAGAGUCACAGAAAGGUUUUUUUCCUCCUCAUUUUUCCCUCCAUCGCUGCUGCGUGGAUUUAGAACAUGGUAAAUAUUUAUUACUUUCAGAGAAAUCAGAUAUUUUAUAGAAUUAAGUAUGUUUGGGGUUAGCAGUUCCACUGGGGAAGGAGGAGGGUUUCUUCUGGGAUGUAGGCCUCCCAUGAAGAUUCCAAGGAAUUUGUGCAGAUGCUCUGAGGAUCUUCCUGUCACAUCUAAGGGAAGAUCAGGAAUGGGUCUCACAAGGGCAAAGUAGCCCCUUGAGCUGUGUGUAUGGAACUGUGCGGGCAUUAGGCUUCCCUGCACACCGCGUGUUCCUGCUGAGCGUACUCUCCUGACACAGCAUCUGUAAAUUGACUGGCUCUGUUCUAGCAGCCCAGGAAAUCUCGGGUAUGUUCAAUGUGAUGACUUUUCAGAGUUGUGUUGCACAUGGUGCCCUAGGGAGCAUUGUGUAUCCUGCUGCUCGAGUCCCUGAGCCUGGAGCAGGACUAGGGAGCUCUUCCUUCCUCCCUCUAAUUCCAGAGUCUGUUACACGGCCCUGGUUUACAAGCUGGAUUGGUUCCCUUUUGAGAAACCAAAGCUGAGCUUAUGGUUGACUUAAACCUUCAGGUAUUAUUGCUUGAGUAAGUCAAGUGCCUCUGCCAGCCUGCCCUGUUCCUCUGUCCCUGGAUCCUCACUGGCAGCAGCUGUUAUGCAUUGGAGCAGGUGGCUCUCAACUGCUUGUUAGGAAUCUGCAUGUAACACUGGAGCCUUUCCCCUGUGCAUGCUUUUGCUGCCACAGAGAAAUGUGCCCAGCAGUGGUGGCCAAAUGCCAUUACAGCCUUUGGGUCGGGGGCAUCUUCAUGGCCUACUAAACCAGAUUUACCGCCCCAGAGCCAGUACUGAGGGGGGUGAGGGCACAGGUUCUUUGCAGGGCUCAGCCAGUGGCCUCUGCAGACAGCAGCCUUCAUGUCCCAGAUUAGUAGGAAAGAGGCCAGGGAAGCUAAGCAGAGCAUCCUUCAAGGUAGCCUGUGCCCUUCAGCCCUACACAGUGGAAGAGAUGGGCUCUAGACCAACUGCAGCCAAGCUCAGGCUGGGACCAGGUGGCUGUGAGGCCCCUCUAGUGCUUUGUUGGGAAAUGAGAGCUACACUUGGAAACAUAAUCAAGAGAUUUCCAAUAAAAAGUUUUCUGUACUUCAUA